AACUUAUUACAUGUUUUCGAGCAAACCCCUCCUCCGGACAACUAUGACCAAAAGAAUUACGACAUCUUCAAUAUCGCGCCAAAUGUUAAUGCUACAACUAGCAACUCGAUUUAUCGAUUGAAGUUCAAUACAACAGUGGACAUCAUAUUGCAAAAUGCCAACACAAUGAACCUAAACAACAGUGAGACACAUCCUUGGCAUUUACAUGGACAUGACUUUUGGGUCAUGGGCUAUGGUAAUGGCAAGUUUAACCAAUCUAUUGAUCCAAAGAAUUACAUCUUUGUUAACCCAAUAAUGAAAAACACAAUCCCAGUCCAUCCUUAUGGAUGGACCGCAUUGCGAUUUCGGGCCGAUAAUCCAGGAGUUUGGGCCUUCCAUUGCCAUAUUGAGUCACAUUUCUUCAUGGGAAUGGGAGUUGUACUUGAAGAAGGAAUUGAGAAAGUUGGCAAAUUGCCUACUUCUAUUAUGGGCUGUGGAGAAAGUAAAAGGUUCCACAGGCCUUAAAUUCUAUAACAUUAUUGUCCAAAACUUUGUACUUUGGUUUAAUAUUAUUUUGAUUCUUUUGAUAGUUGCCAAAAAUCAAAGGCCAGUAAAAAAUGUGUUCCUUUUUGUUGUAAAACCUCUACACUGUAAAAAAAAA